CAAAUAAUCUCAAUCAACAAAAUUUAGCGUAUUCCCUGCGAUAUCCACAAUAUUUCUCUUCUCGGUUUCCUUCUUUACCCCUUCACCCUCCUUACCCUCCUACCCUCCUACCCUUCUAUCCUCCUUACGUCUACUCUGUUUUGAAGGGUCGUCGUCGUCCUAUUUCUCCUGACCUCCUCACUCCUUUUUUUCUCUUCGACGGGUGUUGAGACACUCUUCAGGAGCCUCCUUUGUAUUGCGAACGGUCUUCUAGAUUAGUCGUCGCGCGGCGCAUAUAUAGCACAUAUCGGUCUCUUUUCAAAGGUAGUCUUACACGACUCCUAGUCGAGGUCACCAUGGCUGCGAACGCCACGAGUUUCACCUCGCCUCUAGCGGACUUUAAGUUCGCCGCGGGCAACCUACCUCCUCAGGUCGACUAUGUCCUUGACACUAUCGCAAACACUAGUGCCAUGACAUGGGUUUUCACCAUUCUCGCCCUAGCUGUCGCAUAUGAUCAGAUCAGCUAUUUUAUGCAAAAGGGCUCCAUCGUUGGGCCAUCCUUCAAGAUGCCUUUCAUGGGCCCCUUUCUCGAGUCUCUAGACCCGAAGUUCGAGGAGUACUUAGGAAAAUGGAAGAGCGGUCCCCUGAGCUGCGUCUCUAUCUUCCAUAAAUUUGUCGUCAUUGCCUCUACUCGCGAUCUGUCUCGGAAGGUUUUCAACUCGCCAACGUUUGUGAAACCAUGCGUCGUCGAUAUUGCAACCAAAAUCCUUGGAGAGGAUAGCUGGGUGUUCUUGGAUGGAAAAGCCCACGUUGAUUACCGCAAGGGCUUGAACGGUCUCUUCACCCGGAGAGCCCUCGAAUGCUAUCUUCCCGGCCAAGAGGCAGUCUACAAGCAGUACUUCGCCAGAUUCCUCAACAUUACCAAGGAAGCUGGAGGCAAGCCCCUUCCUUUUAUGCACGAAUUCCGUGAACUCAUGUGCACGGUGUCGCUUCGAACAUUCGCUGGAUAUUAUAUGCCCGACUCUGCUUGCAAGAAAAUUGCCGACGACUACUAUCUUGUCACAGCUGCUCUUGAUCUCGUCAACUUCCCGAUCAUCAUCCCUUACACCCGAACCUGGUACGGUAAGCAAGCUGCCCGUAUGGUUAUGGACGAGCUUGCCAAAUGCGCUGCUAAGUCGAAGGUUCGCAUGGCUGCCGGUGGUGAUAUCACCUGUAUUAUGGAUGCCUGGAUCAAGGACAUGAUCGCCUCCAAGAAGUGGACCGAAGCUACCGAGAAGGGACUUUCUACCGAAGGCAUGGUGAAGCCGUCUCCUCUACUUCGCGACUUCAGCGACAUGGAGAUUUCUCGAACCCUUUUCACCUUCCUUUUCGCUUCUCAGGAUGCCACAUCUAGCGCUGCCACCAACAUGUUCCAGGUCUUGGCCAACCGACCCGACGUCUUAGAUCGUGUUCGUGAGGAGAACUACCGCGUGCGAAACGGUGAUAUCUAUGCCCCUGUGAACUUGGAUCAGCUUGAGUCGAUGACUUAUACCCGUGCGGUUGUCAGAGAGCUUUUGCGAUGGCGCCCUCCUGUUAUCAUGGUCCCCUACAAGGCCAAGAAGGCUUUCCCCGUUACCGACACCUACACUGUUCCCAAGGGCGCUAUGAUCAUCCCAACUACCUACAUGGCUCUUCGUGACCCUGAUGUAUAUGAGAACCCCGAUGACUUUGAUCCCGAGCGAUAUUACAGUGGAGACGCUGAAGAGAAGGGUGCCAAAAACUAUUUGGUAUUCGGUACGGGACCUCACUACUGUCUCGGCCAGCACUAUGCUCAGCUUAACUUGGCCCUUAUGGUCGGAAAGGCUUCUAUCCAACUCGACUGGAAACACCACGCGACACCUGACUCUGACGAGAUUAAGGUGUUCGCUACUAUUUUCCCCAAGGAUGAUUGUCCUUUGACUUUCAACGAGAGGAAAUGGUAAAAAGCUGGUAUUCCAGUAGGGUCUUGUUGAACCUUGGCGUACGUGAGGGUGAGACGAGACAUCGUAUAAUGAAAGAAACGAAACCAAACAUAGUAAUUGUAAUAAAGUCUUGUAUAUAGAUUACCGCUGAGGAUGGGUCGAGAUCAACGACUGCUAGAAUGUCCAUAGCGCUGAAUUAGACCAAACUUGAACAAACAUGAAGACCUGUACAGAUUCUGGUGAGGUGGUAUGAAGGGAAGGGGUGAAGAUGGUUGAUGGAUUAUGUUAUAGGUGAACCAGAAAUGAAGAGGGAGAAUCGGACAAAAUGAUGAGGUGUGUAACAUAGGAGCCCAGAAAUCAAGAAAUGCAGAAUCGCGUUUUCGAGUCGAAUAUAGAUCCGUUGAUAUUCGGUAACCUAUCCUAGCUGUUG